UGCCCAAUGCACUCCUUAAGGAGGUGCUUUGGUUGACGAAAGAGUGUCACGUCUGGUGCAGGUGCCGUGCGAAAUCUGGCGAAAUUAUUACUGAAACAUUUGAGAAAAUGAAGAUCUGGUCAUCUCAACAUAUAUUUGAACAUCCUUGGGAAACUGUAGUAACUGCAGCCCAGAGAAAGUACCCCAACCCCAUCAAUACCAAUGUCACAGGACUGGACGUAGUGAACAGACAUGUGGAUCAGCAGGGGGUCCUUCAGUCACACAGGUUAAUGAGGACCAAAUGGGGAUUUCCUGGAUGGGUGAUAAAGCUGGUUGGAAUGAGCAAGGACUGUUUUGUGAGUGAGCACUCUAAGGUGGACCCAGCUAACAAAACUAUGGUUUUGAAGUCCCAGAAUAUGACUUAUCACAAUUUUGUGUCCGUAGACGAGACCCUGGUGUACACUCCUCACCCUGAAGAUAAGAACAAAACCAUUCUAAAGCAGGAGGCAGCCAUUACAGUGCAUGGUGUCCCCUUGGCAGGAAAAUUAGAGGGAAUUUUGGAGGGAAAUUUUGAUUCCAAUGCUCACAAGGGUCGUCAGGCCAUUGAGUGGGUGAUAUCAACAAUAAAAGUGGAAGCUGAGGAGAUGACCCACGCAGCCAAGAAGGGGAUGGAGAGGAUGGAACAGGCCAUGCAUAUGAAGAACACUGCAGUGCAGGAUGCCCUAUGAUGAAGGCCCAAGCUUAGGUGGUGUAAAUUAAUCAAGGAUGAGAUUAUUCUGCUAGAUGGCAGAGAUCAGUGGAAAAUCUUUGCUGGUACCCUAGACCCUAGCUGACGUAAGGAAUUGAAGAAGAAGAGAUUUUUCCAACUAUUGGGAGAUUUCCAACUUUUUGGGAGCCAAAAAUAUCAUUGGGCUAUGCAUCUCCCUGGAUCCCAUGCCAUAUUUUCUGUCUUUUUCUCUAAAAUAACAGUCUCAUCCCUGAUUAAUUCAAGAGGUAACUGUGAUAACUCAUCUACUGAAAGGGUAUAACAAAGGAAAUUGGUGGUGUGAAGGCCAGUUUUUACCCCCUUGAGUGGGGAAGUUACUGUGGCAGCCUGGCAGGUUAAGUCCAAUCCUAGCUGUUGAUAUGGUUGAUAUCAAUAUCAUCAUUUGCCAAUCAUAUAUUGGGAUUUGAAAGAACAAAGAGAGAAUAUGGAUAGCACAUGGGAUCAGCAAGCAAACAAGCAGCUGAUGGACAUUACCUGAUACAAAGCAUCACAGGGUUAAUAUCUCUUCUAAGCAGGCUCACCCCUUUGCCUGGUAUAUUUUUUUUUUACUUUGAAGGUGUGGUCCCAGUAAGAAGAGGGUCAGUUUGCUGAUCUGUACUCUAGAAUCUUCACUACCUCUGCAUUGCCAGAUUUCUACUCCAGAAAUUUUAAUCAAAUUCUUAAGUCUGUCUGCAUCAUCGUAAAGUAUGUGUGUGUAUAACUGUUAAUGGUGAUCAUGUCUUUACAAGACUGUGCAAGUGACAACUUUUUAAAAACCUGAAGAUCUGGUUCAUUAAUGAUAAAAACCAAUGGGUUGAUUUAUAAGCCAUGUAAUGUUAUGGCUUGUUUUGCAUGUGUUGGAUUACUGUCAUGUGCUGUCAUCAAUAGGACAAGUUACCAAAUGGUUCUGUGACAUGUCUUCCUUGUUAAUUAUUACUAUUUAUUUCUUUUUUGUUUUUCAUAACUAUCCUUUUGAGACUUUAUUCUUUUUUGUUUUUGGUCGAGUUGAAUUAUACGCUGUAUAUCAAUUCAGAAAAGUGACCAAUGUACCAGAGGGGGAAGAAUUAAAUACAUAUAUAUAUAUAUUGCUUCAAUAUCUCUUUAUUUUAUAUGCUCAGCAUGUUAUAUAUUCAAAUACUGUAUAAUGCUGUAUUUCAUUGCAAAGGCUUAAUGUUUGGGGCAUGAAUACACAUCUAUGGCAGAAGAUGUAGUUUAUGUAAUACGAGGUCUGAAAAUUUUUUGCAUACAAUUUACUGAGUGUUAAGUAUAACUUAAUAUUAUUGCUGUUACAUAUUGUGAUACAGAAAUCAGAUCACACAUACUGUAAAAUAUGAUUUCAAAUCGAAGCAAAAUUAUUAUAACAUUGUUUAGAUAUUGGAAUAAGCAGAGGCUCGUUUCUUUAAGACAGAAAUUUGUCACAAGAAAAAUAAGUUGUCCAAUUAAAUUUUCGGGGGUGUCUCGAUAGUCUGAAGGUUCAUUGGUCCGAAAAGUGGUAACAUUUUCAUCGAUUUUUUAAUCAAGGGUUCAUUUGUCCGAAGGUUCUAUAGUGAACAUUAGGACCAAUGAACCUUCGGACUAUUGAACCUUCGGACUAUCGCUACAGCCCCAAAUUUUCAUUGUUCCUGCUUUGUAACACAAAAGGCAUGGUUUAUGAUAGAGGCUAAUAUUUAAUUCAAAGACACUCCUAAUGUUUUAUUUUGUAUUGAAGUAGACCAAAUAUACUUGUCUAAAAUUUAAGGCCAAUUUUUUGGGUUUAGAAAUGUGUAUACCACCACCACAGGUCACUAGAUUGGCUGUCCCAUCAGUCCCAGGGCACUGGGACAGUGGUUUAAAAGUCUAUAUCGUCAAGUAUCAAGUAAUCUACUAUUUACUAAUGAGAGUGACCCUUGAUAAUGCUGUGUUCAUGUGCCCCAUGCAACCUGAGAGAAUUUCAUUGCAUUUGGCUGGAAGUUAGUAUCAUACUUUUAUAUCAGUUUAUAUCUGGGUUUAUAGUAGUUCAAUAUUAUAUAUUGGAAAUGUCAUCUACAAGGUAACUUACCAUCUCAUUUUUAUAAAUGGUCAUUUUGUAAAAAAAAAAAAUAUAUAUAUAUAUAUAUGAUUGAUUGAUUGAUUGAUUGAUUUGUCCAUGUAUUGCCAUCCAUAAAAGGUUAGAGGAGUGAAGCUUCACAGACAAAUAAUCUGUUCCUCUUGAUGUCAAUUGUAGUAUAUUAUUUAUAGUUAUCAAAUCCUGGUAUUGGUUAGGGUAGGAGGAUAUCUUUUUGUGAUGUAAACUCUGCUGGCUAGAGUAAGACAGCAUACUGUGUAGAUCACUUUUAAUGCAGAGCUCUUGUCUGUCUGUAAUAUGGUUAUGUAAAUUUAGCUUCACUUGUUUUUAUUGGGACUAAUAAUAAUAGUCUUUGUAUA